AUGGAUUCAAGAGAGUCCACACCUUCUAACAAUUGUAAGUUUUCUUCGUUUUUUUCUAUUGGAAAAAAAGUUCUUUUCUAUAAAUUCUUGGCUUUUUUUCAAUCAAAAAAACUUUUUCGGUUGCAGCAAAACUUUAAAAAUACUGUUUUGAAAAAAAUUAGUUCCCAUAAAUUUGAUGCAAAAUAAGAGGAUUUUUCAGCUUGUGGAACUUCUGCUUCAGUCAUGGAAACGAGUUGUGAAAUACGGGCUCCAGCAAACGGCCUCACUUCCGGAUGGGUUCGGCUGAACGUUGGCGGAAAGGUUUGUUUUAAAGGGAUUACACUAAUUUUUCAAAGAUUUCUCAUUUUGAUAAUUUUUUUGAAAAGUUUUCUUAUUGACUUUCACUGGGGAAAAUUUCCGUGUAAUCCAAGGGAAGAAAAAAACUGGCGACUUUUUACGACGUUAGAGUUUUUUUCGCUCAAGACGGUCACAUUUUGAAAUAACAAAAAAGAAAAAGCUACAGUGAAUACAAAAUUUUGCUCUACAUAAAUGCUAAAAUAACUUCAAGGUCUUGAAAAAAUCAAAGAUCUUGAAAAAAUCAAAAGUCUUGAAUCGAAAAUGCUCAAUUUUGAUCUAAUUUGCAAUAGGACUUUUUUGCGGGAAGAAAACCGUGACAAGCUAGCGCAGGAUGGGCUAUAACUUUAUGUAAUUUUGGCCAUUGCCUUUUUUGUCAUUGGCGAGACUUAAACUCUCAAGGUCGUAUGGGGAAAAAAAUCAAAAAUUUUGGCCUACUUCAUGAAUUUUUUUCUCCUGAAACUUUCAAUUAAAAAAAUUCCAUUUUUUUGUCAAUAAUAGUAAAAAUUCAGGUGUUUCAAACAACGCGAUCGACGCUCAUGCGCGAACCCGGGUCUUUCUUACAUCGUUUAUGCCAAGACGGCGACUUGCCUACAGAUAAGGUACAGUCAGAACUGAUCCUUCUUUAUUCAAAGCAUGAAAAAUUUCUAGGACGAAUCCGGCGCUUAUUUGAUAGACCGAGACGCCGACUUCUUCUCCCCAAUUCUCAAUUACUUACGCCAUGGGAAACUCAUUCUGAAUCCUGGGAUCUCAGAAGAAGGUGACCCUAGGUGAAAAAGAUCAAAGUUAUAUUUUAAAACUUUUCAGGUAUUCUUGAAGAAGCGGAUUUUUUUACAAUUUACCAAUGCUUGCCCAACUGAUAGCUGACCGGAUCCAUGAACGCGAAAGCAGCUUGAAAGAGAAAAGGGUAUUUCUUUUCUCACAAAAAUAUUAUUAAAUCAAGUGUUUUGAAUGAUUUACGAAGAUUGAGAAAAAUGAGCAAAUAUGAUGAAAAUUUUUUUGAAGAUUGUGAUUUGGAUUCCAAAAUAAUUGUGUUUACUGUUUCAAUUUUUUUUCGAGGUUGGGGCGUCAAUCAUUUCGAAAGUCCGUUUUCUUUCACUGCGCUUUAAAAUGAGAAAAUGAAUUCUCCACAGAACCCGUAGGCUCAAUUUUUUUUGUACAUAUUAUUAAAAAAACAGGUAUUGAAAUUAUUUAGAUUUUGAGAAAAAUGAGCAGACGAUCUCAAUAUCCAAGGUCUUAUUUGUACGGACUUUUGAUAAAAUUAGAAACGGGAAGGAACCUUAAUGUGGCUCAAAGAUCAAAGCGAUAUUUCAGAAAGUCUUUUUAAUUCAAAGUUCUAACAUAAUAAAGCUAUCUUUUGAAUUUACGUUAACCCACCUUCACAUAAAAAAUGGCCUUUUUUCAAUCCUAUAUAAUUCAGACAACCAAGUUUGUUUAUCGUGUCCUCCAAUGUCACGGGAACGAGCUGACGUCUGUCGUUUCUGCGAUGAGCGACGGUUGGAAAAUCGUCCAGGUACGCCAAAUUCGUCUUCGAAAAUUCCAGAACAAAUAUCUUUUCAAGAUUGUGCCAAUCAACUCCAAUGAGCCAAACUACGACGCAGAGCAGAAGCAAGAGUUUCUGUGUAUCGUGGAGCGCGAAUGUCCCGACAACGAGACCAUGUGCGAGAGUCAGGAUCGCGCCAAACUCUUGCAGCAACGUGCUCGGCGUCAAUGA